AUGAAGCGCCCGUCAACGACCAGCCAACUACGCUCCCUAACCUCAACAAUCGCUAUCCUCGCCGUCAGCCUGAUCCUCACCUCCACACAUACCGCUGCCGCCGCAACCUCAAACUCGACCUCAAACUCCACAUCCUCCCCGCCAAACUGCGACUGCUACCUCGUCUCUGGCCCCUCCCCCGGCUUCUUCACACACCACCACUUCAUCGACUUCCGCAACCUCUCCUCCCUCCUCCCCUCCCCCAUCAAGCACAAUGCCUCCGCCACACCCACCACCGUCCCCACGAUGGCCACCGCCGGCACCGAAGCGCCAACCUCCCCUUACUUCACAAAAGACAGCGCCUUCACUUCAUUCUGGACCAUCUCCAACAGCACAGGCCCCUUCUCGUGGAAUGACGGCGGCGUCGUGCCGCAGGUAGCCAGCGCCCAGAACGUGUGGGUGUCGGGCUCGAGCGGGAAUGACACAUACCUCGCGCUGCGCACGACACGGACGCCGAGUUUUCAGAGUGUAGCGGAGGUGGACUCGAUCGAGAAGGAGAUGCUUUAUGUGAAGCGUGUCGAUGAGGGUGGGGUGUUUGGGCUGUUUACGUACCAGAGCGAUACGCAGGAGUCGGAUCUGGAGAUCUGUAGCAGGGAUGAUACGGAGACGGUGCAUGUUACGAACCAGCCGGAUGUGGAUUCAAAGGGGAAUGAGGUCGAUGGGGCGACGGAGGAGGUCACGUUGCCGGAUAAGCUCAAGUGGACGCAGUGGGUGGAUUUGCGGAUUGAUUGGUUCAAGGGACAGAGCAGGUGGUAUGCUGAUGGGUUGUCGAUUGCGAACUUGACGAAGAACGUGCCGAGUGUGGCCAGUGGGGUGGUGUUGAAUGUCUGGAGUGAUGGCGGGGAGUGGAGCGGGAACAUGACUGUGGGUGGGGAGUUUGUGGUUGGGGUGGAGUGGAUUGAGGUUGCUUAUAAUGUGAGUGCUGAUGGUGGAAGGGGAGGGAGUUGUGCUGUUGGAUGUUGGAUUGAUGGGGAUGAUGUGAAGCAGACGGGGACGCCGGCGCAAGCGUACGAUUCGACGAGUCAGCAGCAGGGAGCGGCCAUGCGGCAGAUGAGUACGGGUGUUUGGCUCGUGGCCUUGGUCACAGUUGGGCUGAUACUGGGGCUUAUGUGA